CAGAGGCGGGCAGCCAUGCUGCACCGGUCUCUUCUCCAUCGGGCUGCAGAGGCUGCAGAUAGAGCGGCGUCGGCGCAGCGCCACCCAACCCAACCAGUGGACAGCAGCGACCCAUCCACCGGAAGGCGUCGAUCGGCUGCGCGACAGACUCGUCCCAUGGCGACCCGGGCUCUGCACUCGCCGAGGCUCACGAGCCCGCCGCUCACGGGCCGGCAUGCGGCGGCGAGGUGCAAGUGCUCCGCCGCGCCGCUCUUCGCGAAGCGACUUCCGCUCGUCGUCGCCUUCCCUCGCUCCGUCGCCUCCUGCUGCGCCGUGCAGGAGUCAUCCGCCGGCGCCGCCGCCGCCGCCGCAACCACUGUUAGCGAGACGAAGGAUGCGGGCGGUGACAAGAAGGAAGCCGCCGCCGCGGAGGCGAAGCCGGCAGCCAAGCCAGCAGCGGCCAAGCCGAAGAAGGCCCCGCCGAAGCCACUGCCGGAGAUGAUGGAGGAAGAGAUCAUCCCUCCUCUCAAGACCGCGCUGGAGGCCGAGGAGGACGUGUCCCAAGUCGUGCUGACUUUCCAGAACAACACGUUGGAAGGUUCCUUCGUGAAGGAAGACAUACCCUACUACUUCUGGGCCUUCUUUCCACAGGGAGACCUCACAGGACCCAAGGGCUUUGCGAUGACGUCCUACUCCAUGGAGGUGAGCACCAUCGAGCCGUUCCUGAUCGACGAGAAGAGGAUCACUCCACAGUACGUGGUGUUCUGGGUGCAUAAGAGGCUGGCCGGCCAGGGGGUCCUCCCUGUCUGGAGGGCAGAGGACCUGAGUCCUGCUCCUGCAGAGUAGUCAGUAGUAGUAACACAUGCAAGAUACACGACAUACAGGGUGAUCAUACGGGGGCACAAGCUACUCUGUGUAUAAGAUGUCCAUUUCUAAUUGUGAAUUGAGUAAAGAUGCUGCAAAAGGUUCAUAUGA